AUGAGCAAGAAGCUCCGUGCAAUGUUGGGAACAUUGGAAACUGAAGCUAAGGCGAUGGAGGAAGGCUUGAGGUUCGCGUGGGACAGGGGCUUCAGAAUAGCUACGUUUGAAGGGGACUCUUUAUUGGUGCAUCAAGCGUUGACUGGCUCUGCCAUCCCACCUGCUAGCAUCUCCAACAUUAUUUCUGGUGUGCUGAUUCAGGCAUCACAAUUUGAUGAGUGUGUCUUCUCCUUUACUCGGAGGACUGGCAACAAAGUUGCCCAUGCGUUAGCGCAAUAUGCUAGGCAUUUAUCUGAUUCUAGUAUUUGGUUAGAGGAAUAUCCUAGUUUUAUUGAGAACUUAGUGUCUCAAGAUGUACUGUUUUUAUCAUCCUCUUAA